UGGCUUGAACCUGGCACCUGUGGCACGACUCAGAGGUACUUGGGAAAAGUUACCAAGCAAAUAUGAGAAACAUCUCCAGGAUCUGCAAGACCUUUUUGAUCCAUCUAGAAACAUGGCAAAGUAUAGAAAUAUUCUUAGUAGUCAGAGUAUGCAGCCUCCGAUUAUUCCACUCUUCCCUGUUGUCAAGAAAGAUAUGACAUUUCUACAUGAAGGAAAUGACUCCAAAGUAGAUGGUUUAGUAAACUUUGAGAAGCUAAGAAUGAUUGCCAAGGAAAUCCGUCAAGUCGUUCGAAUGACUUCUGCUAACAUGGACCCAGCUAUGAUGUUCCGACAGAGGAAGAAGAGGUGGCGGAGUCUGGGGUCGUUGAGUCAAGGCAGCACAAAUUCAAACAUGCUGGAUGUUCAGGGAGUUGCUCACAAGAAAAGGUCACGUCGUAGCUCUCUGCUUAAUGCCAAGAAGCUAUAUGAGGAUGCCCAAAUGGCAAGGAAAGUGAAACAGUAUCUUUCCAGUCUGGAUGUGGAGACAGAUGAGGAGAAGUUCCAGACCAUGUCACUGCAGUGGGAGCCUGCAUAUGGUACCUUGACCAAGAAUUUAAGUGAGAAAAAAUCAGCCAAAUCGUCCGAAAUGUCUCCAGUGCCUGUUAGGGCAGCUGGCCAAACAGCUAAAGCCCACUUGCAUCAGCCCCACAGAGUAAGCCAGGUGCUUCAGGUGCCAGCUGUGAAUUUGUACCCCAUAAGGAAGAAGGGACAAUCAAAAGACUCUGCACUGAGUACAAGUUUACCUCAGAAAGUUUUAGGAACAACUGAAGAAAUGAGCGGUAAGAAACAUACAGAAGACACUGUUUCUGUGGCAUCAUCCUUACAUUCUAGUCCUCCUGCGUCUCCUCAAGGUUCCCCUCGGAAAGGUUAUACGCUUAUACCAUCAGCUAAAUCUGACAACUUGUCUGACUCCAGUCAUAGCGAGAUUUCUUCCCGGUCCAGCAUCGUGAGCAAUUGUUCUGUUGACUCCAUGUCUGCAGCUCUACAGGAUGAGCGGUGUUCCUCUCAGGCCCUGGCAGUCCCUGAAUCCACGGGGGCAUUGGAAAAGACAGAGCACCCCUCAGGGAUAGGAGACCAUAGUCAGCUUGGCCCUGGGUCCUCUCUAGACUGCAAGGAUGCUGCUGACCCAGUUUAUAAAACUGUCACUUCAAGUACAGAAAAGGGCUUAAUUGUGUACUGUGUCACCUCACCCAAGAAGGACGAUAGGUAUAGGGAGCCACCUCCCACUCCUCCAGGAUAUAUGGGGAUUUCUUUAGCGGACCUAAAGGAAGGAUCCCACCUGCACCUAAAACCUCCAGAGUAUAGUGUGGCAGUGCAGAGGUCAAAGAUGAUGCAUAGCAGCCUCUCUAGACUGCCACCAGCCUCUCUCAGUAGCAACCCUGUGGCCUGUGUUCCAUCGAAGAUUGUAACUCAGCCUCAGAGGCAUAAUUUGAAGGCAUCCUAUCCUAAACUAGCAGAUGUGACUGAUGCAGAUAGCGAAGCAGAUGAAAAUGAACAGGUUUCAGCAGUCUAGCUUUUGGAUGUGACCCAUUUGAAGACCACUGAAUGUCAUGGAGGAGUGGGCAGAACCAUAUCAUGAUUCUGCAGCCCAUUGCCAACAAACAGCUCACUGCUGCUUCUAACCCAGAGGUUUCAUUCCCUGUACUCUGAGCAAAUGAAAUAGACUUGAAUCAUGCUUCCUUUCAUUUAAACCCUGCAGAUGUAUAGUUUCUUCAACUAUGGAUGCCGUGCCCAGAUACCAGUCUCUACUUUGCACGCCAGACCUGCCUUGGGACCACAAGUACAGGACAAAUUCAAACUCAGAGUUGUGCCCAUGUGUAUCACUGUAGAUUUUCCUUCACAAGUUAUUUUAAAGAUAGUGGUAUUAUUUCCAAGCCAUAGCUUGGGCUAAAGGACAAAUUCAAAAUGUCUGCCAAUACCAAGUAUAUUCUUAUGUUUUUGCAAAGUAACUUAUUAUUUGAAGUGUUGUGAUUUUGUUUGUGUUUGGGAGCUGAUGUUUAUGUUUGAGGCCAUAAAACUGUCUCUGGUCUGACCAAAAGAGUUAUCUUUACAGAGACAAUAUGCUUGAUGUAUACAGAGAUAUAACUCGAUCUGUGGCACCAGUGCAAUGUAGAGUCUCAGUAUGAGUGGGAUAGGAAGUCCUUUGCAGUUGAGGUAUUAGGAACCUGUUGAUCAUGGUGUAGAAGGCCAAAUGAAGCUGCCACAGGGUUUCUUGUCAGUCCUUUGGGAAAGGGGUACGGGGGUUGGAUGGGGUGGGUAGGAACCCUAAUUUCCAGAGAACAAAAUUUUGAUGUUAAAUGAUGUGUAUACAAAUUCUUUCUGAAGUGAAAGUCAUGCUACAUCUAAUUGUAACUAAAAUUAUAAAUCCAAUAAAUAGAGAAUGGGUUCUGAAGAGUUCUAAUCUAUAGAAACUCAAAACUAAAAAUUCUCACAAUUCAAGUAUGGAGUUCUUUUUUUUAAAGGAAGUAUAAUCAUAGGUGUUGUAAUGAUUAAGAUGAAUUUGACUUUAUGCAGUGUUCUGCAAACUUAACACCCCCACAUCUCACAGUGCCAGGUUGUAUCUGAUCUUGAUAACACUGCAGCUCUCAGCUCAGUAGCCCACUAAGGUAUAAAAUGGGUUGAAAAUUUUGUGAAAGUAGAGCUGGAAUUAUAGAAGUGAUUUGUCUCUUGGUUCUCAGUUUGAGAUCACAAAUGAUUGUCCUCGAAAUGACAUACGUUUCCAGCCUCUUAGGCAUGGCACUCUUAAUUAAAGUAGUGAGGUUUCAAUGACCGUUUACUGGUUGAGGUAGAUUUUUCACAUUUUUACAUAUUAAACAGUGUUUUCUGUACAUUAAGUUUAAAUUUUAAAGGCAAAUGAGAUUUUCAUAAACUUCUGUGACUACCAAAAAAAUUUUUUAAAGCCAAAGCCAUUAAUGUGCACUACCCAGAUCAACUUAGAGCCAGAAUGGGUUUACUUCUGAAUGGUUGUUUGUAUGUGACCACGUAGGAUUUAAUUGGUUUGUGACUUCUUCUUUAGGAGUUCUUUUUUCCUUUCUGUUCCAUCUUCCUGCCUGUCUGUCACCUUCAUUUUAAAAUCAUAAAUCAGUUCCAAGUGGCAAAUGGUAAUAGUUCAUCUUUCCCAUCAAAAUGACUGUCUCUUCAUUUUAGGAAAAAGUAGCAUGCCUGAAAAUUUCCCCUGGGGGAAAAAACAUUAAUCUGAAACUUAAACCUUAAAAAUUAACCCCGGGUAUGUUAGAAUGAGGCUAGAUGGAUCCAUAGCUUUCUUGGUCCUUUGCAAAAGAAAGUGGCCUGAAUCAAAAAUCCUUUUUUGAAAGUCACACUGUAGUGAUUUGGUCUGUAAACAGUGGUCUUCCGAUUACAUAUUUUUUUCCUUCACUGAAUUUAUACAAUAUUGUUUUCAUGUGCACAGGAAAACAAAGUGAAAGAUAUUUUUGCUAUAAUCACCUUUUUAUCAGGUUUGGGUAUUUAUUCUCACCAUUUUGUAUCCAUUACUCCAGAAAAAUGUGCUGUUUGCACAAUAUCUGUUUAUUUAUUAGCAGGUCUUUCAAACCAAAUGGAAGCCUUACCCAUCUUUGUCCGUAAUGGUGUAAAUAAUGUCUUGCACAGAGAGUUGAAG